AUGGCAGACGCUGGACAAAGGCGAGGAGGGGAGAUGUGGAGGUUUGCUUUAUGCGUUUCGCUCCUGUUGUGUUUCACUGAACGGAUUUCAGGACAAAUACGCUAUUCUGUUUCAGAGGAGGCAAAGAAGGGAACAACAGUUGGAAAUGUUGCUAAGGAUCUGGGCUUGGACGUGAGUACUUUGGUUCAGAGGCGAUUUCGAGUCGUGUCAGGGUCUAAAGACGCUCUAUUUCAGGUUAACCAGAACAAUGGCGUGCUGUAUGUUGACAAGGAAAUCGACAGGGAGACACUAUGUGAUGGCAAUGAAGCAUGUCUGGUAAAUUUAAAGAUCGCUGUUGACAAUCCUUUAGAAAUACAUCACGUUGGCAUUGAAAUAACUGAUUUAAAUGAUAAUGUGCCCACUUUUGCAGAUAAUGAGAAAAGGUUGGAAAUGACAGAAAACACGUUACCGGGUGCUCGAAUUCAACUCCCAACGGCACGUGAUCCCGAUGGGGGCAUAAAUGGCGUCCGUUUGUAUAAAUUAAGUCAAAAUCAAAAUUUCGGUUUAGAAAUACGAGACAGAGGAGAGGAUAAACUCCCUUUCUUGGUGUUACAAAAACCCCUCGAUAGAGAGCAAAAAGCGCUGCACACAUUAAGUCUUACUGCUACUGAUGGAGGCAGUCCGCCAAGAUCAGGAGCGCUUAACAUAACUGUUUCUGUGUUGGAUAUUAAUGAUAAUCACCCUGUGUUUAGCCAAGAUGUAUAUUCAACAACACUAUAUGAAGAUGUUGCAGCUGGAACAACAGUAAUUAAGGUACUAGCAACAGAUUUGGACGAAGGCACAAAUGGCGAAGUUACUUACUCAUUUGGCAGUGACCUCACAUCAAAGGUCACUGAAACUUUUAGCAUAAACAGCAUCACAGGGGAGAUUUUAGUUAAAGGCAGAUUAGAUUAUGAACAAAAUGCUGUUUACAAAUUGGAUGUUCAGGCGUCUGACAAUGGCCAGCCACCUACGACCAGUGACUGUAGAGUUAUUGUAAAAAUUCAAGACAUAAAUGACAACCAACCGGAUAUAGAGGUUACAUCAAUGUCCAACGUGGUGACUGAGGACAGUAAGCCAGGAACUGUCAUUUCCCUCAUUAGUGUGAUAGAUGAGGACUCCGGUCUAAAUGGUAAAGUGCAGUGCACCAUAUCUGAAAACGUGCCAUUUGAAUUGAAACCCUCAGUUCAAGACAACAUGUAUUCACUGGUGACAAAAGAACGUUUAGAUAGAGAGGGUCAGUCCCAUUAUGACAUCACAAUAAAAGCGGUCGAUUUUGGACAGCCCCCUCUAUCAGCAUUUAAAACGUUAAGCAUUGAUGUUUCAGAUGUGAACGAUAACAGCCCAGAAUUCCCCCCAAAUCCUCUUGAACUGUACCUAUUCGAAAACAACGCAGCAGGUGCGUCAAUAUUCUCAGUCUCUGCAUUUGAUAAAGAUAUUAAUGAAAACGCAGACAUCAAAUAUAACAUUAUCAGAGGAGAUGGGUCGAAGACAGACAUGUCCUCUUUUCUCAACAUCAAUCCUGAUAAUGGACACAUACACGCACUCAAAAGCUUCGACUACGAAACUAUGAAGAAGUUUACAUUCCAUGUGCUAGCCACUGACUCUGGCAGUCCGUCCCUUAGUGCCAACGCCACAAUAAAUGUGUAUAUUCUGGACCAGAACGACAAUCCUCCCGUUAUCUUGUCCCCAGUCAGUGCUAACGGCUCUGCUGAGGGUGUGGAGGAGAUCCCACGCAAUGUGAACGGAGGACAUUUAGUGGCUAAAGUUAGGGCCUAUGACGCUGACACUGGAUACAAUGGGUGGCUACUGUUUUCUCUCCAUGAAGUAACUGACCACACUUUAUUCAGUCUGGAUCGGUACACAGGACAGAUAAGGACUAUGCGAGCAUUCACUGAAACAGACGAGGCUGAACACAAACUAGUUAUUCUAGUCAAAGACAACGGAAACGUCUCUCUGUCAGCAACGGCCACCGUGAUUGUAAAAGUUGUGGAACCAAAAGAAGCGUUUGCAGCAUCUGAUCUGACAACAGCCGUUAACGACGAGGAAGACAACGUCACUUUCUAUUUGAUUAUAACUCUGAGCUCUGUCUCGGUGCUUUUUGUAAUCAGCAUCAUCGUCUUGAUAGCUAUGCAAUGCUCAAAGUCCGCAGACUACUCGUCCAAAUACUUGCAGGACACGAACUAUGAUGGAACUUUAUGCCACAGCAUCCAGUACAGAUCUGGAGACAAGAGGUACAUGCUGGUUGGACCCAGAAUGAGUAUCGGUUCCACUAUAGUUCCUGGCAGCAAUGCGAAUACUCUGGUUGUACCUGAUCGCAGGAGUAGAACUUCAGUAGAGUGGUCUCGGUGCUCUCCGUGGUGCUGA